CUCUGGAGCCGACAUGGGCGCCGCCGCGCGGGCGCUGCGGCCUCUGGCACUGCGUGCGUCUGUGCUGCUACUGCUUCUGCCUCUCCCCGGGCUGCCCACGGGCUCCUGGGACCCGGCCGGUUACCUGCUCUACUGCCCCUGCAUGGGGCGCUUUGGGAACCAGGCUGAUCACUUCUUGGGCUCCCUGGCAUUUGCAAAGUUGUUGAACCGCACCUUGGCUGUACCUCCGUGGAUUGAGUACCAGCAUCACAAACCUCCCUUCACCAAUCUCCAUGUGUCCUACCAGAAGUACUUCAAGCUGGAGCCCCUCCAGGCUUACCAUCGGGUCAUCAGCCUGGAGGACUUCAUGGAGAAGCUGGCUCCCACCCACUGGCCCCCCGAGAAGCGGGUGGCAUACUGCUUUGAGGUGGCAGCACAGCGAAGCCCUGAUAAGAAGACAUGCCCCAUGAAGGAAGGAAACCCCUUUGGCCCAUUCUGGGAUCAGUUUCAUGUGAGUUUCAAUAAGUCGGAACUUUUUACAGGCAUUUCCUUCAGCGCUUCCUACAAAGAACAAUGGAUUCAGAGAUUUUCAGCAAAGGAACAUCCUGUGCUCGCCCUGCCAGGGGCCCCAGCCCAGUUCCCUGUCCUGGAGGAACACAAGUCACUCCAGAAGUACGUGGUGUGGUCAGAUGAGAUGGUGAAGAUGGGAGAGGCCCAGAUCCGUGCCCACCUCAUCCGGCCCUAUGUGGGCAUUCAUCUGCGCAUUGGCUCUGACUGGAAGAACGCAUGCGCCAUGCUGAAGGACGGUACUGCAGGCUCGCACUUCAUGGCCUCUCCACAGUGUGUGGGCUACAGCCGCAGUACAGCAGCCCCCCUGACCAUGACCAUGUGCCUGCCGGACCUGAAGGAAAUUAGGCGGGCCGUGAAGCUCUGGGUGAGCGCGCUGAACGCCCGGUCAGUCUACAUUGCCACUGACUCUGAGAGUUAUGUGCCUGAGAUCCAGCAGCUUUUCAAAGAGAAGGUGAAGGUGGUGAGUCUGCAGCCCGAGGUGGCCCAGAUCGACCUGUACAUCCUCGGCAGAGCUGACCACUUUAUUGGCAACUGUGUCUCCUCCUUCACUGCCUUUGUGAAGCGGGAGCGAGACCUCCAGGGAAAGCAGUCGUCCUUCUUUGGCAUGGACAGGCCCCCUCAGCUGCGGGAUGAAUUCUGAUCCUGGCUGGAGAAUGUCACCAGUCACAGCUGAUCCUUUCAGCCAGGCCUGGCAGCCAGAGGUGCUCUCAGGACUGCAAGCUCCUCUUUUUGCCUGCCAGAGCUGGAGAACCGUAUCAGGGAGGCAUCUCCCGCCUCUGUGUUUCCCCAUUCUCUGGGAAUUUCUCACAAAGGUAGAGCAGUCAAACCUCUCUCCUUUGUUCUCCCUGGGAUGAGCAGCCUGGGAAGCUGAGAGAUUUUUUUAUAGAAGGGGAUUUUUAUAGUUUUGAUACAAGGUCAUGGCCACCCUAGGACUCUCCUUUAUUUUUAAAAGUCAGUGAAAUCCAUUAGCAUAGAUACCUAAAGUGACCUUAACAGCAAGUGGAUGGAUCCAGGGCUGGGGUGGGUCUUUUGGCCACUUUUCCAAGUAUCCCCCAAAGUGGCCCUCAGACCCAUCUCCACUGCCCAACCAGAGCCAGUGUCAUCCCCACCUCCUAGGCCAUGUCCAGGAUUGGGGUGUGUGUAUGCUCCUCUAUCAGAAACACUGCAAAUGGGAGUAAACAGUCAGGCACUCUGCAGUGCUCUGGGGGCUGCUGCCUCUCACCCAGCACGUUCCCGGCUCAGAGCACACCAGCAAGCCUGAUGAUCAUGGUAUUUCUCUCAUAAUUGAUGGUUGGUGGCUGCUGCAAACCUGGCACCAUGGGGACCUCAGUGCAUCACUGGGGUCAGGGCUCGUGGGCCUAACAGGAUCCUCUGAAGGCUGCCCUCUCAAAGGGCCUGUGGGUAGAAUUUGGGUUGAUGUCCAAAGCUUGUUCUUCCCCUGACCCCCGCCCUGUGGCUUGGGAGCUCUCACACAAAGCCUUCACAAAGGAGCAUCUGGCACAUAGAAGGUGCCCAGGAUCCAGAAACCAUUGGAAUUCCCAGUUUAGAAGCAACCUUUGCCCCUUCCCAUUGAAUGUAAUCUCUGCCCAAGCCAUGAGAUGCAAGGGGUUAUGGUCAUGAGGUUCUUUGUCUCUAGAGGCUGCACUUUCCACAGUACAUGACUCCUGAGAGCCUGUGAUUUUUUUGACCUCGUAGUUCUAAAAUGCCACAGCAACACCUGUGGCCUCUGAUCCUGGAUAGGUGGCCCAGAGCUCCAUGCAGGGGCUUCUCCCCUGAUUGCCUUUAGGUCCUGGGCACACUGGGUCAGGGGUCAGAGAUUACAGGAGGAUCUCUAACACCCAAGUCAGCAUUUGCUGUGUAGAAUUGCUGCCUGACUUUACAGAAGGCUUUUGUAGUUUUCCCUCCUGGAAAAACAGUCAGGUGUUUUAAACCCUGGUAAAUGGCUUAUCUUUCCAGACUUGCUCUCAAGCCUCACCCAGAGGAAAGGGUGCAGACAAGGGAGCCUGUGCAUGCUCGGCCUCCAGCAGGUUGUUGAGAUGCCGUGGCUUGCUGGCCAGUUCCGUUUCUGACUCUGCUGUUCAUUCUCAUCUGCUGUUCACAGCCUCACACCAGGCACAGCUCUAGAGUCAGCUAGAGUGGGCCAUCCGAAUCCACAGAUGGGCGUCAGCAGUAAUCUGACUGGUGCUCUGGAGGCAAAGGUGCUGGAGCCCUUGGCCGUCUCAGCUCUGGCCUUUGGGCACUUGCUUUAUUCUUUGACCCAGGUUCCUACCCUGUGAAAAAAUGGUAAAAUCAACGGGUUGUUGAGAGGCUCAGAUCAGUUAAAGCAUAUAUGCAUGAGAGACACUGAACUUGAGAGAUGCGGGGGCACACGUAGCUUUGGAUUAACUGGGCUGCUUCUUGUGCACACCUCCUCUGUGCCAGGCAGCAUGCUUGCCAAGUGCUUUAUGGGCAUUCUCCUGUUUAGUUCCCAUCCCAGCCCUGGGAAGUAAGAACUAGUACUAUCCCUGUCUUUCUGGAUAAGGGAAAAAAAUGAACGCUCAGAGAAUUCUCAUUAUUUCUCCAAUGCUGCACAGCUGAUGGCAUUAAGCCAAAAUUUGACCCCUAGAGCCAGUUCUGUUAGCCACCACCAUGUUCCACUGCCGUCGGUUCACAAAUGCACUUUACCCUGUGUGUGCCGUGGGGACCUCUGCUGGAAAAGAUCAGCCACUUGGAUUUCCAAUGGGCACUUACUGCGGAUUUGCCAGGUCACCCAAGAAACAAAGUCCAUGUGAAGUCGACAGGUUCCUCUGGUAGUUAUUUAGUUUGACAUUCUCAUUCAUCAUGUUUUCUGAGCACCCACUAUGUUCCAGGCCCUGUGCUAGGAACAAUGGUGCAGCGAGAAACCAACAUAGUCUUUUUUUCUCAAAGAAUUUGCAUUCAAGAAAGUAGAAGACAUAGUGAGCAUAUUGGGAGAUACUGGUAAGUGCUAUGAAGAAAAAUAAAGGAUUUAGGGGUGCAGUGGGAAAGAUGUUUUAGACAAGAAUAGCUGACAAAGGAGGGGAGGCACACAGGUGUCCAGAUACCUGGAGGCAGCAUAUUCCCAGCAGAGGAAAUGGCAUGUAUCAAGGCCCUAUAGGGACACAGGCUCCUGAAGAGCCACGAGGAGGAGGUCAGUAGGUGUAGCUGAGUGGCUGCAGCAAUCCAGUGCCACUCCCAUAGCCAGAGGUCUGCACCUUGGCCUGGACUUGGCUUUAAUUGGAGAGAUAAGAGCCUCUGCAGGCUUGGAGACAGAAGAGGAUAUGAUCUGAUCUACACUCUUGAAGGUCCCUUGGAACUGGCAUGGGGAGGGGAAGGGUGAAAGCAGAGACUGGUGUGGGCCUGGGUCCCAGGUGCAGGGGAGAGGCGAGGGGCUCUUCCCCCCUGAACUGGAACCCCAGCACCCUCUUCUCCCAGGAGGCAAAGGCCAUUGCAUUGAAGGAGGUAGGAAAUGGUCAGAUUCUGAAUGUAUAAAAUUAUUUUUUAUAAUUCAGUUUUUGAAGAAAUGAAUCUGCAUAGUUUUAAUCAUGCAAUAUAUACAAUUUAAUGUCUUUUUUUUUACUCAAUAGUAUAUCAUAUUUUCCCUGUUCAUAGCCUGAAUAAAUUAAUUAUAUCAACUUC